AUGAGACUCAUCAACGUCAAGAACAAGAACCUGGAGGACUUUACAGGUCGUUCACCCCCAGAAUACGCUAUCCUGUCUCACACAUGGUCACCCCCAAAAUACGCUAUCCAGUCUCACACAUGGGUUAGCGAGGAGAUCACCUUCAGUGAGAUGCAAUCUCAGCAGCCUGAUAAGGACAAGGCUGGUUGGAAAAAGAUUGAGCUAUCAUGCAAACAAGCCGAGGAUGAUGGACAUGGCUAUGUUUGGUGCGAUACUUGCUGCAUCGACAAAAGCAGUAGCGCUGAGUUGUCGGAGUCCAUCAACUCUAUGUUUCGCUGGUACCAGGAAGCUGAAGUAUGUUACGCUUUCCUCGAAGAUGUCCAGGACAUCAAAGGGCUUGCAAACGCCAAAUGGUUCACGCGAGGGUGGACUCUUCAAGAACUCAUUGCGCCCAAAAGCCUAGUGUUCUACAACAGCGCAUGGCAAAACAUUGGUACCCGAGAGAAGUUGGCAGACGUAAUCGCGGAAAGGACUAAGAUUCACAAGUCUUUUCUAAGCGGCUCUGUCAGCAAAAUACAUGAAGCGAGCUUUGCCAAACGAGUCGCUUGGGCAGCGAAUCGCGAUACAACAAGGGAUGAAGAUAUCGCAUAUUGCCUCAUGGGUCUCCUCGAUGUCAACAUGCCGCUGCUUUACGGGGAAGGAGAUGUCAAAGCGUUUAGAAGACUACAAGAAGAAUACCUCAAAGUCCAUCCGGAUCAGUCGUUUCUCGCGUGGCUACUUCCCCCAGGGGUUGGAGGGGCAAGGGCCUCCGAUGGUGACCUUCUCGCCAGUCUUCCUAAGGACUUCGGACAGUGCCAUGGGAUAUCUCUGGCAAGUGACGACGCUGUUCCCUUCACCCUGAACAAUAAAGGGUUGCAAAUUCGGCUACCCCUAUUCCAGAACAGGAGUGUCGAUGCCAUACGAAGUCCCGAAUAUUUCGCCGUUCUCGCCUGUUAUUCGGACGCGCCAACCUGA